AUGGCGACCUCUCGCGAUGCCCCAAAUCCCCUACGACCCUACUAUAUCCCACCAUCCAUUGGUCCGCCCCCGGAUGUCCCGCAGAACCAGACAUCGUCUUCAUUACCGCCCGCUUUCAAGCCCAGUGCCAGUAGUAAAUCGAGUCUGGGCAGCCAGGCACGCGACAUUCUUUCCGAUCUUGACUAUGACUCGUACUUCCCAGAGACUUCACCUUCAGUAGCUGGCCAUGCAAAGAAGCUGCUCGACCAUGCUCUAUGGAAUUACACAAGCGUCCUGCUAGCCCAGCCAUUCGAGGUUGCGAAGACGAUAUUGCAGAUACACGAAGCAAAGGGACAAUUAGCAGGCCUGGAUGGAGAUGCGUUCGGUCACAAGAGUAGGCCUCAGAGCUUCGCGAGCGGAAAGUUCGAGGACUAUCCGCCCUCAGAUGAGGAGUCUGACGAGGACUCGCCAUCAUACUUCACAUCCACGGCACCGCGUAUGAACCCUACAUCGCCAUCGCCGUAUUCCCCUUCUGUCGAACAAUCGAGGUCACCACGGAGGCGCCAGAGACGUCUUGAUAGCCGAUCACGGUCACGAACACCUACACGACCCCCACCAUCCGCCAUACGCAAAUUAGACCUCAAGCGUCCAGACUCACUUCUCGAAGUAAUAGCACAGUUGUGGCAGAAGGAAUCGGCGUGGGGUGUGUGGAAGGGCACAAAUUGCACUUUCAUCUACAACUUCCUGCUCAAGACUACCGAGGGAUGGUUCAGAAGUCUAAUAUCAGCCCUGUUGAACAUACCAGACCCAGGCCUCGUGGGCUCAGCAGGAAGUGGCAUGGGAGGUUUGGAAAUCCUGGAUAGCCCAAGCCCACUGACCUCGCUCGGUGUUGCUGUCGCCGCUACAGCCAUCGCGGCUACCCUCCUCGCACCCCUCGACAUGGUGCGCACCCGCCUUAUCAUCACACCCAUCUCCUCUUCUCCACGAUCGAUAUACCCUUGCCUGUCUCUUCUCCCCUCCUUCUCCGUCUCUCCCAGUCUCCUCCCGGCAACCAUAAUGCACGCCUGCGUGCCCACGUUGAUUUCCUCCUCAACACCCCUCUUCCUCCGCUCAACAUUGAGCAUCGACCCUAUCCUCACACCCACCACAUACUCCUUUAGCACAUUCCUCUCCUCCACAGCCGAACUAUUCAUCCGCCUGCCCCUCGAAACUGUCCUUCGCCGCGGUCAGGUCGCUGCUCUCCAGGACCACGAAACCCAACGUCUGGCUUCUGAGUACCAGACCCCGCCCAGUCGUGCUAAGAGCCCAGCAUACGGUCUAGACAAACCGAGCUCUGACCAGAGCUUCAAAACCAUCGUGGAACCGGGUCAGUACAGGGGCGUACUAGGUACCAUGUGGUUCAUCGCCCGUGAAGAAGGCAUUUCCGUCCAGACUGCGAAUGCUGCCAAGGCCGCGAGUGCAAAGGCAAUGGGCUUCUCCAGGCCACCGCGCACAAGGAAGGGGCAGGGUGUACAUGGACUGUGGAGGGGAUGGAGAGUGGGUGUUUGGGGAUUAGUGGGAAUUUGGGGCGCUGCUGCCCUUGGUGGUGGUGGUGGCGAGUUCUAG